UUGGAACUAACCUUCUUUCUUUGUUUUUUCAGUCUAACUCAACUGUGUCAUCAUUUGGAUUAUGAAACAGAUCUCGUGGAUGUGAAGUAUUGGAGUUGGCACAAUGAGGUUGUUGGAGUUUGGGUGCCUGGUUGCAGUUCUAUGUGGUCUUGUUGUGUCUGUGAAAGCUGAAAUUUACAUCAUAACUGCUGAAGGUGAACCUGUUACUAGUUAUAGAGGUGGAAUUGAUGGUUUUGAAGCUACUGUUGUUGAAUCUGAUGAGAAGAUUGAUACCAAUAGUGAAUUGGUUACUUCAUAUGCUCACCAUCUUGAGAAAAAACAUGAUAUGCUUCUGGGGAUGCUAUUUGAACCUGGGACGUUCAAGAAACUCUAUAGCUAUCGGCAUCUGAUAAAUGGGUUUGCUGUUCAUAUUUUCCCAGAACAGGUGCGGGCUAUCGAUUUUUCUUCUUGCUUCUGGGUCAGUGGCUCAAGGAUCUGA